GAAACCAAGCCAGGAAGUGGUCUGUGUAAACCAGGAACCAUUGCUCUGUUUGGCAACGUGGUGUACAGCGGGCUGCUCAACGAGCACUUCUGGCACUUCGGGGUUCCCCUCGUCACCAGACUGGGUAACCAAGAGGCCCCAGCUCACCCCGAAGCCAUGGCCCAACCCUUCCCACCGGCUCAGUACCCCCCACCACAGAAUGGGAUCCCUGCUGAGUAUGCCUCGCCCCACACCCACCCACCGGCUGACUACACAGGACCAAGUACGGUGGCAGAGCAUGCUCUGACACUGUACACGCAGACACACACACAGAGUGAACAGCCGGGAAAUGACAGCAACACCCCCGCUCUCACAGCCAGCACAGUAACACAGGCGGAGGAGGUGGCACAGACAGAGGGUUCCCAGCAGAUCCACCUGCAGCCCAGUGAUUCAUCGGAGAAGCAGCAGCCAAAAAGGUUACACGUCUCCAACAUACCUUUCCGUUUCCGAGACCCUGACCUUCGGCAAAUGUUUGGGCAAUUUGGCAAGAUUUUAGAUGUGGAGAUUAUUUUUAACGAGCGAGGCUCUAAGGGCUUUGGGUUUGUAACAUUUGAAACAAGUGCAGAUGCCGACCAUGCACGGGAGAAACUAAAUGGUACAAUCGUAGAAGGACGCAAAAUAGAGGUCAACAAUGCCACAGCAAGAGUAAUGACCAAUAAAAAGGUGACGAACCCUUACGCAAACGGCUGGAAGCUGAAUCCAGUUGUUGGAGCAGUGUAUGGUCCUGAGUUUUAUGCAGUGACAGGGUUUCCAUACCCCAGUACAGGAGCAACAGUGGCCUAUAGAGGGGCCCAUUUGAGAGGGAGGGGUCGCGCAGUCUAUAACACGUUCCGGGCUGCACCUCCUCCACCAGCCAUCCCUGCCUAUGGAGCUGUGGUCUACCAGGAUGGCUUUUAUGGCACAGAAAUAUAUGGAGGAUAUGCAGCAUACAGAUAUGCCCAGCCAGCUGCUACUGCUGCAGCUGCGUACAGUGACAGUUAUGGCAGAGUCUAUGCAACAGCAGACCCAUAUCACCAUACGAUUGGUCCUGCAGCUACAUACAGUGUGGGUACUAUGGCUAGCCUUUACAGAGGAGGGUGCAGUCGCUUCACUCCCUACUAG